AAAUGCUAUCUCUUCUUUUUUUUGUAAUUUGUCUUGUGUCUCUAUAAUCUCAACACUUACUCAAUUUCACCACCACUCUAUCCCAACGACCCACCCCACCCCGCUUCAUCCCUAAAAACGCCAAAAACCAAACCUCAUUCAUGUAUUAUAUAAUCCUAUUUCAUUCAGACAUUAUUACACACACAAAAAAAACGUUAAAGAGAAAAAGAACAUAAGUCUUUUUUUUAUCAUCAACCAUGUCUUCUGUUCCAGAAAAGAAUGCUUUUCUUGCUCAAGAAAAUGGUGUUGUUGUCGAUCAACAUGAUGAUGAAAUGAAAAGUGUAGUUAAGAGUGAUUCUGAUAAUUCUUUAUCUUCUUCCAUUGGUAAGUUAAGUAAUGGAGUAAUUGGAGGAGAUGAAGAAGCCGGCGAGGAAGCAGUAAGCAAGAAUGAACUUGAUGAAGGAGCCCUCAAUUCUUUGACAGCUUUGGAAGCUGCCCUUCCUUUUAAGCGAGGAUUAUCAGGUUUCUAUACUGGAAAAUCAAAGUCAUUCGUGAAUUUGCUUGAGGUGAAAUCUUUGCAAGAGAUGGAGAAGGAGGAAAGCCCAAUGAACAAGAGGAGACGCUUAACGACAACUCAGAAUGCGAUGUAUAAACGAGCAAGCAGCUCAAGUUCAAUGCCAGUCUUAACACGCAUUGACGGUGAAAAUGCACAGAAUGUUGGGGUUGAACAAGAGUUCAAAUCAUCCACCGGCAACACAAGUUUUAGCUCCGUCAACUCUGCCACCAAGCCAUCCAUCAACUGAUGGAUCAGUUUAAGUGCAUCUUUAUAUCUAUCCCAGCCAUGCGUUUAUUGUGUGAAAAAAAUGUAUUUUCCAACGUUUCGUUUAGUUUUUCCCCUUUUGGGUUGUGAUGAUGUUUUUUAGCUCUUAAGGUCAUUUUUUAUCCGGAAAAGGGCCAAAAUAU